AAUAUUCAGGGGCCCGUUUCAUAAAACUUUUGACUUGCAACUGUAACAUCUCCCAUAUCUAUGACAAAUCUUGUUAUUGCAAUGGCAACUUGUCAUAGUUGCAAAUAUCCGUUUCAUAAAAGCAAUAACAAAUUGUUAUCGUAAAUAAAAAUAAAUAAAUGAAAAAUAGUUCGUGAACGAGCCUGAUUUGCAGCUAACAGCCGGUUUUUUUCUUCACACACGUCGUCUGCGAUAAAAUUUUGAUGGUGACAGAAUUGAAGUAAAAUUUGAAUCGGAGAUAUGGCAGCAGGAGCAAAUGUUGGUCGUGAUGAGGCGUACAUGUAUACCACCAUCAACAAUGCUGCAAUUGCAGUCACCACCACCACUGCUGCCACCACCAUCAGUGCUACUAAUGCCACCACCACCAAGUCUGCUUCUGCCACUGCCAUCACCAUUGCCACCGCCACUACCAAGACCACUCCUGACACAAAGCCCCCAAGUCCUCAACUGACCAGAUAUUGCAACUGGAGAAGGAUAGACCAGGAACUUCAAAGCCAGGGCUUGCCGGUCUCCUACAAUAAGAAAAAUGCCAAGGGCCCAUCUAAUGAACUUGUUGCAGAAUAUUUGGCCACAGUUGUAGAAAAGCAGAGACUAACAUGCAGCCACAGGUACUUCAAUCACAUGAACAGCAGCAGGAGCAAAAACAGCAGCAACCACACAGGAGAUGUAACGACAGCAUUGACCAACAGCAACAACAACAGCAGCAUAAACAAUUUCUGCAGGAGGUGCAAAAACCACACCGGCAACCUCAACAACAUCAAGAUGUCCAACAACCACUCCGGGAACAUUAACAGCAACCACAACUUCAGCAAGAGUUUCAACAAACACAUCAACAAAAACCAACAGCAGCAGCAACAACAGCACUUAUGAAAUGAAUUUAAUUGAAACUCAAAAGCCAAUGAGGAAACAUCUUUUACAAAAUGAGACAUCAUUUGUUCAUUCUUUUACAGGAUAAAGGAAAGCUUUUUUGAAAGUGUAAAUUUGCAGGAACACAAUGUAUGUUCCCUCUGUAUCUAUUUAUUGAAAUAAAUUUGACUUUAAAAAGAA